AUGGCACUUAAAGUCGAGUUCACAAAGACGAUCGCAUUAUUUGGAAUGCUUUUCCUGAACUUGUUAUUCGGUUUACUGCCAUGGAAGUUCAAGAACUUGGGCGAGGAUGGAACCGACCAGCGGAAAAAUUUGAUAUCACGAAUAUUGAGUUUUCUAAGUUGCUUUGCCGGUGGAGUAUUUCUAUCAACAUGUCUCUUAGACCUUCUCCCAAGUGUUAGAGACAAUCUCAGUUUAGUAUUUGAUCGUCUUGAGCUAUACACUGCGUUUCCUAUCACUGAGUUUGUAAUGUCAAUCGGUUUCUUCAUUAUUGUUAUCGUUGAACAAACUGUCCUCGCCUGUAAAGAAAACGACAGCCAAUCGGCCUCAGACACCGAAGAAGGAGGUGUCACGAAGCCGUUGCUUGAAGGAAGUUGGAAAAAUGGACGAAACCAUGGAGCUAUCAACAGCGUCGAUGAGCACAACAUUGGCCAUGACAUAGACUUUGUGGACACUGUUGACAAUGACCGGCAUGGCCAACAACACAGUGUAGGUCAUAGUCACAGCCAUGGGCAUACAGACCCCCAUGCACACUCUAGGUUUAGGUCGUAUGUGUUAAUUUUAGCACUAUCCCUGCAUAGUGUAUUUGAAGGCCUUGCUGUUGGAUUACAAAAAGACAAUGAAGCUGUCAUGGAAAUAUUUACAGCUUUAAUAUUACAUAAAUGUAUUUUAGCCUUUAGUUUAGGUAUGAAUUUAGUUCAAAGUAGACUCAGUCGGGGAGCGUUCUUCCGUGGACUGUUCUGUUUUGCUAUCAUGGCACCUAUUGGUAUAGCAAUAGGGAUUGGAGUGAUGGAAGAGGCAUCUGAUUUUACUAGCAGUCUUAUCAAUGGAAUUCUGCAAGGCCUUGCAACUGGGACGUUUCUCUAUGUGACAUUUUUUGAAGUCCUGGCACACGAGAUGAAUGGUGGAAAGGACAGACUUCUAAAAGUACUUUUUAUGAUUCUAGGGUUUUCAGUCAUAUGUGGUCUUCUCUUUUUACACAACAAUGUUAUUAGACCAACUUGUUACCGAUCUGCAGAACCAGUUUGA